AUGUUCUGUCCGCACAAAAACUCGUAUUUACAACUGGUAUGUGCCAUGAACCCAAGGGUGCUGAACAAAGCAGUAGACCAAGCCAUGGGGAAGAAAGAGUUUGAUCCUCAUACAGAGCGGCCGCCAGCUCAACGGCUGGUCUCCAUGCAGCCCUCGCUGUACGCGCCGCACGUUGAUGUCACUCGCGCCCGCCUCGGCUUCGGCCGCAACGGGCUCAGACUCGUCAACAGAGAACUACAUUCCCCGGACCAUUUGGUACAAUUGCAAGCUCUGCAUACUGUACUGGAUCAAGUGCAAAUAUCAGAAAAUGCAAUCUAUUUAAUAAAGAUCCACUUGGUAUAUCGACUGAUUGACCUGAUGCGCAAUGAAGACCCUGUUAUCCGAGAAAAGGUUUGCAUGAUACUCACCACGUUGGCGACUUACCGACAAGGGAGAGAAAGAAUCAUGACUCGACCUAGAAUCAUUAAAAAUCUCAUGUGGCUUAUCCUUAGAGAUCGGAAGGAAAUAAGGUUUGUUGCGGCAAACGCGUUAAAAUCAUUGACGGAACACAGAUGCUCUCUAGCGAAGGUUCUUGAAAACAAAUCUAUUGUGGAAGAUUUACUGCGAAUGGUUGUGAAUGAUCACAAGGGAAUUGUGGCGAUACAUCUGAAGACAAUUACGAAUCUCGCAGAUUGGGACCCGGAGCGGCCGCUGAAAGCGAAUGCUUUUCAAAUCAUGAUGAAGCUAUUUGAGGACGACGACCCAAAAAUUAUAUCUUCAGCGAUGGACUGCAUGUCGCAGCUCUGCAAGCACGAAGUCGGUAAAAACCUGGCCGAUACGUACGACCUGACAUUUGUGUUGCGUCCUUAUCUGACGCAUGUUUCAGCGGAGGUUAGAAUCAGUGCGGUGGCUCUGAUGUGUUACACGACAAUCACGACUCGCUCGAAAUGGCGCGCCAAGGAAGUGUGCGAGGAGUUGACUAGAGUGCUCGUGAACUUGUGCUACAGGUCCAACAAGCCCUUGCUCCAAAUAAGCGCUAUGCAGGUGCUGAUCAACUUGUGCGACUGUCCGGAUGUUAGGAGCCACAUGAAGUGGCAUUGGGAGAGGCGCGUGAAGCAAGUACGGAUAAGGACCCACGAGGAGUGGGACGGGACUACGGAGACUUCCACUUACGGUCUGGAAACCGGCCACAACUAUCGAACCAUGUGCAUAGAAAAAGUGGAAACGAUAAAGAACGAUUAUGGUGACAGCGCCGAGGUGGUCAACGUGCACAGCUAUUUGCGGCGGAUACACGAGGUCAAGGAGCGCUUGUUGUAUGCAAUUAAUUGGAAAUCUUAUAAAGAUUGA